AUGGACAGUUUGGCAGCAGCCCCCUGCAUCAGCCGUCUCAACUCCAGACUUCUGGUCGCUGGCAAGGAACCACUUAGACUGGAAAGCGGAAGACUCGACCGUAAGGGGCGAAAACUCCAAGCCUUCGCCGCUUGCGUGGCUGCGUGCGCUGCUGCUGGUGCGAGGCACAGAGGCUUUCGGACACUCUGCAAAGCAGAGGCUUCAGAUGUGCCGCGGCGUGUUGCGGCCGCGGCCGCUGCUGUGGCUGCUGCAGAUGCGGUGUUGCGAAGGGACGACCGCUACGCGCCAUCCGGGCCGACACUUUGGCCGCCCAAGGCAUUCAAGGAAACAGAGCGAACAGAGUUGGUCCCUGGGCUAAUAUGGGGCCUGGAACAAGUGAUCGCCUUCUUCACGGUUUCUGCGAACAUUCGUAUGAUCGUCGUGCGCAUGGAGGAUAAGAGACUCUGGGUAUGUGGCCCCAUCUCGCCCACCCGCGAGUGCCUUCGGUUGCUGGAUGAGCUCGGCGAAGUGGCUCACCUGGUAGUGCCCGGCACAGCUUUGGAGCACAAGGCCUCAUUGUCCGAGUUCUCUCAGCUCUAUCCCAAGGCGACUGUGUGGGUGUCCCCCGGCCAGAAAGCUUCGCCCUUGGAUCCACCUCUCGGCUCGCAUGUGGAUGGUGUGCUGGGAGUUGAUGGGCCUCCGCCGUGGGAGAAGGAAAUCGACUACAAGGUGUUUUUCGUGGCGCCCCCUGACACGGCCGGCACGUAUGCGGAGACGGCCUUUUUCCAUCGGCGGUCGAAGACCUUGCUGCUAACCGACGCGGUGCUCAAGGUCCCGGAGGGGCCACCUCGUAUUCUCAGCUCCUAUGGCUACGAGGGUGAUCCUGGCCAGCUAACGAGUGAGCAGUGGUACUACAAGUUUCUGGCCUUCAACUUCCUAUCGAUGAGGGGCUCUGACAAGGCAUCGUGA